AUGCUGCCUGCCCUGGCCCUUUCGGAGCUGCAGGUGCUGGCUAUUGUUCUGACUUGCAGAUUAUUCCUGAACAAGGGCCUGGUGUUCUCAGUCCUGUUUGUCCUUCUCCGGAAAGCCAGGGCCUCAGGUUCCCAGGGACAGCAAGUUGUGCCUGAGGAGCUCCAUGACGUGGCGGGGCAGACACUCUCUGUGCGAUGCCAGUACUCUCCCGCGGGAGGACCCUACAGGCAGAAAACCUGGUGUCAGCAGACAUCUCCAAAUCGCUGUACCAGGUUAGUCACCAGCUCUGAGCCCCGAACAGCAGUAACUCAGGAUUCUCGAUACACAAUCUGGGACGUGCCAGAUGCUGGUUUCUUCAACAUCAGCAUGGCUCAGCUGACUGAGAGGGACUCCGGGUUCUACUGGUGUGGACCCUACAACUCUUCUGAAAACACCAUCACUGUUCUCAGAAACAUCAGCCUGCUGGUGUCUCCAGCCCCGACCCCUUCUCCGAUGUGGAGGACCACCUCGCCCUUGGAAAGGACAGUCAUGCAUUUUGAGACUGUCAUGGCCUCCCCUUCAUCACAGAAAUAG